AGGUAACUUUCCUGUAUGGGAACAGUCCACCUGCCACCUGAUGAUAGGAAGAAAGUAGAAAAACUGAUGCCUCACACAUUUGUGGUUCUGAAACGGUCCAGACUCAGAGACGAGAUGAGAGGUCUCUGGCUGCUUUUGGUGCUUGUGGCUGCGGCCCAGGCUGAGAGGGUGUUCAUCGGAGAUCAGGUCAUCAGGGUCAAUGUGCAGAAUGAGGAACAGAUCCAACUGCUGCAGGCCCUGGAGAGUCAAGAAGCGUGGGAGCUGGACUUCUGGCUUGACCCAGUCUCCACUGAGCUGCCUGUUGACAUCAGAGUGCCCCGCUCCAGUUUGAGCUCUGUGAAGGAGUACCUCCGUGUCAACAACAUCGCCUACUCUGUUCUCAUCAACAACCUUCAGGAGCUUCUCGAUGCAGAGAAAGCUGAGAUGGAGAUGAACCAGAUGAAGGAGCGCCGCACCCGCAGCUUCAACUUUGGAGCCUAUCAUAGUCUGGAGACGAUCUACAGCUGGAUGGACACUCUGGUGGCUCAGUACCCCAACCUGGUCUCCAAGCAGGAAAUUGGGAAGUCAUAUGAGAACAGGCCCAUGUAUGUGCUCAAGUUCAGCACCGGAGGAAGCAAGCGUCCUGCUAUCUGGAUCGACACCGGUAUCCACUCCAGGGAAUGGGUGUCUCAGGCUACCGGAGUGUGGACAGCCAACAAGAUUGCCACUGAUUACGGUACCGAUGCCUCCCUGACCUCCCUCCUGAACACCAUGGACAUCUACAUGCUGCUCCUGGCCAACCCUGAUGGAUAUGCUUACACCCACUCUAAUGACCGUAUGUGGAGGAAGACCCGCUCCAUUAACUCCGGCUCUGUGUGCCGUGGAGUUGAUCCCAACAGGAACUGGGACGCAGGCUUUGGCGGCCCUGGUGCCAGUAGAAACCCCUGCUCUGACUCCUUCCACGGCCCCUCGGCCCACUCUGAGAUCGAGGUGAGGAAUGUGGUGAACCUGAUCCAGGGCCACGGCAACUUCAAGUCCUUCAUCUCCGUACAUGCCUACUCCCAGCUGCUCAUGUACCCCUAUGGCUAUUCCUGCGAGAAAGUGCCCGAUCAGCCUGAGCUGGACUCUGUUGGCAGAGCUGCAGUGCAGAAACUCACUUCCCUUUAUGGUACCAGAUACAAGGUUGGAAGCAUCUGUAACAUCAUCUAUCAAGCCAGUGGCGGCAGCAUUGACUGGUCUUAUAACAUGGGCAUCAAGUACUCCUACGCCUUCGAGCUGAGGGACACUGGUCGCUAUGGUUUCAUUCUGCCAUCCAAUCAGAUCAUCCCCACGGCCUCCGAGACCUGGCUGGCUCUGAAACACUUAAUGGAGUACGUCCGUGACCAUCCCUAUUAAUCACCAUAACAGCAGAAGGAGGGAAUAUUUUAAAAGAAUUCACUCUAUGCUGAUGACAUCUGACUUGACCAAAGUCCAAUAAACCAAUACAAAACCUGUCUA